AUGGAAACGUGCGUGCUCAUACCGAAAGAACUGUCCUUGCAGGCGGUGCCCGUGGCCAACGUGCAGCGGUCCAACAACAACAGGCACCACUCGGAGCCCGAGAUCACUGUCAUGACCAACGUCAACGUGCCCAGAGGCACGCUCAUCUACCCGUUCCAGGGCACGGUGCGCAUGGACAAGUUGGACGUUUUCUCGUUCUUGGACGACACAGACAUAAGGCACAGAUUCGGUUGCUACGACCAGGUGACCGAGGUGAACAGACUCCGAGUGCGUUAUUGUAAUUGGGUCCGGUUUUUGAAAAUCACGCAGCACCAUUCCGAACAACAUGUCAACGUAUUGGGAACCAAAAUAAAAGGCGAACCCAUGUACGAAGUGAUCAAAAACAUACCCGCCAACACGGAGUUGAUCGUGCACUACCUGCCCGAGCGGCCGGAAGAGAUAUUCUUCAUGCCCGCCGUACACUACUUGAGAAACACGCUGUACAGACGCACGAUGGACACAAUUCUGGAAGACUCACCGUUGGACCUAUCCAUGUCGCUACUGUCCCGAGCGUUCGGCACGUCUUCCGCGUCGUCGGCGUCUUCCCCGCCCAGCGGACUGGACACGGACGAACGGAAAUCGCUGUCCGGCGAAUCGUCUUCGGCCAACUCUUUGUCGGGCGACACAGCUUCGCUGGACCACAACGUCAACAUGAUCGUGUGCAACACGACUCCGGUGAAACCGAGACCGUUCCGCGGCGAGCGCACCCUGCUCCCGUGCGAGGUGUGCCGCAAGGCUUUCGACAGACCGUCGUUGCUCAAGAGACACAUGCGCACCCACACAGGUGAAAAGCCGCACGUGUGCGCAGUGUGCAACAAGGGUUUCUCGACGUCGAGCUCGUUGAACACUCACCGGCGAAUCCACAGCGGAGAAAAACCGCACCAGUGUGGCGUCUGCGGAAAACGGUUCACGGCCAGUUCUAAUCUCUACUACCACCGAAUGACUCACAUCAAGGAGAAACCACACAAGUGCACACUGUGCGCCAAGUCGUUCCCGACGCCCGGCGAUCUGAAAUCUCACAUGUACGUGCACAACGGAUCUUGGCCUUUCAAGUGUCACAUUUGUAACAGAGGAUUCAGCAAGCACACGAAUCUGAAAAACCACUUGUUCCUGCACACCGGGGACAAACCGCACGCUUGCGAACUGUGCCAAAAGAAAUUCGCCCUCGCCUGCAACCUGAGAGCACACAUGAAGACCCACGAGAGUGAAACCCAAGAGGAGUGCAACAAGUGCGGUAAGGUGUACAUGGCCCCGGAAACGGACAAGGGUCGCGGCGGCGCGUGUCCUGAGUGCGCUCCGUCGUCGCGUCUGCCGCCAACCGACGCCGCCGCCGACGCCGCAUCGGCCGCCGCGGGGAGUUCGCCGCCGGACGAGGAGCGGUCUUACGGGGGCAACUCGGAGGACUGUUCGUCGAUGGGUUCCGGGGACGACUGCAGCAGCAGGGGUGGCGUGUGA